AUGGAUCGGGAUUAUUAUAUCAAGGAGAUUAGAACACAAUUAAAUGACACAUCAAGUUAUCAACCAAUGGAUGGGAAUCCCAUCCAACGGUUACAGACAGAGUUACAGACACUAAAUAGGGCGGCCAUGGACAAAGGCAUCAUCACAGAGGGAGAAUACAAAUACAUGUUCAAGAAAUAUCCAACAACGCCUGUCUUUUAUACCCUCCCGAAAAUACACAAAAAUUUACAGACUCCACCAGGAAGGCCCAUUGUCAGUGGUACGGACUCCAUUUUACAACCACCAGCAGUAAUGUUAGAUAAAUUCUUGAUCAAGUGCAUUCCAAAACAAAAAUCAUAUAUCAAAGACACAAAUGAUUUAAAAAAAUUGAUCAACAACCUCAAUAUUGAACAUUCCACGGAAGUCUGGUUGGUGACGUUGGAUGUUCAAUCAUUAUAUACAGCAAUUGACCACAGGGGGAUUACGAGCAGUUGA